AUGGAUAAUUAUUUUUCUUUAGUUUUUAAUAAUAGUGUUUUAAAAAAGUUAAUAUUUAAUCAUGUUAGAUUGAUAUCAGCUAGAAAUGGAAGAAAAGUUUAUCGUUGGAAUGAAGUUAUAGCUUCACCAAGAGUAAUGGCCAUUCAUAACUAUUUCGAUCAUUUAAAGAAAUACCUAGAAGAUAAUAAGAGUAAAAGUAGAUUAGAAGAGAUAGAAGCUAUCUCUGUUUUGGAGAAUGCAAUCAAAAUAGGUAGUUUAGAGAUGCUUCAAUAUAUUUUAGAUUACAUUCAUAAUGAUAAGAAAACCAAUUGA